UUGUUCCACCACGGCGUACGUGAACGCGGACGAAAUCCGUAGAGUCAAAAGCAAUCAGAAAUCCCAUUUCAAUCGCAGCGUUCAGUGGCCCCCCACGUAAAAGUCAACGGUUUCAAAGUCCUUCGUCAAACGCAUACGCCCAGUGUACUCGAAGUGGAAAGUGUCAUAAAGUAUGCGAUUAUCCUGUAAACAAAGUGUAAAACGCGCCCAGUAAACGCCGAAAACGAAAGGCAAACAGCAAACAGCAAACAACUCCCGGAUUUUACGACUUGAGCAAUCAACUCGCCUGGUCACUCCACCAACUUGAGGACUCGUCGGACUGCAGGAGUGCAGGACUCUUGGAAUUGGCCAGUACAAAACUAUAGAAUCGGAUCUGGGCACGUCGUAUAAUGAUUGCGCAAGUGAGAUGACGCCACUGAAGGUGAGAAGGAUACGUUAGGAGCGGCGUCGAACUAUGGGAACAGAGGCAUGGGCGUGUGCGCGGACCUCGGGUCUCAUCGAUGGUGUCGGGCAUUGAGCACCCAGCACAACACCGAGAAAUCGAAGGAGCAGCAGCUACAGCAGCAGCAGCAGCAGCAGCAGCAAUCCCAAUCCCCGGAGAGCCCAGAGGAGCGUGCUUCCAGGUGUCGAGGAGCAAUUGACAGGACAACGACAACGACGAUUCCCGCUAGCAAAACGCUGACGGCAUCGCCAGCGAAAACGGCAGCAUUCACAGUGAAAACGACGAGGAGAAGACGAAGCCGACGAAGGGCAGAAGGCAGCUCCAUCUGCGUACCCAUCCCGCGGCGGGGUCACGGGUCAACGCCAACGAUACAGGUGCUCCAGUUCGUUUUGGUCUCGUUGCUGGCCCUUCUAGCGAAACAUGCCCAGGCGCACAAUAUUCCAGAAGACGCCGUGCACAUCACGGCCAUCCUUGGCGAGGGCGUCAUCUUUAACUGCCAUGUGGAGUUCCCCAACGACCAUCCCGUGCCAUAUGUCCUGCAGUGGGACAAGAAGGUGAGCGAAACGGGCUCCGAUCUGCCCAUCUACAUCUGGUAUGAGAGCUAUCCGGAGCACAUCGAGGAGGGCUACAAGGGACGCGUGUCCCGCGUGUCGCAGGACUCGCCCUUCGGCUCCGCCUCGCUCAACCUGACCAACAUCCGGGAAUCGGACCAAGGAUGGUACGAGUGCAAGGUCGUCUUCCUCAAUCGGGACCCCAAGCAGCAUAAGAACGGUACAUGGUUCCACUUAGACGUACAUGCACCGCCGCGCUUUAGUGUUACGCCAGAGGAUAUUAUAUACGUUAACUUAGGUGAUUCAAUUAUACUCAAUUGCCAGGCAGAUGGCACGCCCACGCCGGAAAUACUCUGGUACAAGGAUGCCAAUCCCGUCGAUCCCUCGCCCACGGUGGGCAUCUUCAACGACGGCACCGAGCUGCGGAUCUCCACCAUUCGGCACGAGGACAUCGGAGAGUACACUUGCAUUGCACGCAAUGGUGAGGGACAAGUCUCCCAUACGGCCCGUGUUAUAAUCGCGGGCGGCGCUGUAAUCAUGGUGCCUCCGACCAACCAAACGAAGCUCGAGGGCGAAAAAGUGAUAUUCUCCUGCGAGGCUAAGGCCAUGCCCGGCAACGUCACGGUGCGCUGGUAUCGCGAGGGCUCCCCCGUCCGGGAAGUGGCCGCCCUGGAGACCAGGGUCACCAUCCGCAAGGACGGCUCGCUCAUCAUCAACCCCAUCAAGCCGGACGACUCGGGCCAGUACCUCUGCGAGGUGACCAACGGCAUCGGCGAUCCGCAGAGCGCCUCCGCCUACCUCAGCGUCGAAUAUCCCGCCAAGGUCACCUUCACGCCCACGGUGCAGUACCUGCCGUUCCGGCUAGCCGGCGUGGUCCAGUGCUACAUCAAGUCGAGCCCGCAGCUGCAGUACGUCACCUGGACGAAGGACAAGCGCCUGCUGGAGCCGUACCAGAUGAAGGACAUCGUGGUGAUGGCCAACGGAUCGCUGCUGUUCACGCGUGUGAACGAGGAGCACCAGGGCCAGUACUCCUGCACGCCGUACAAUGCACAGGGCACGGCCGGUGCUUCCGGGAUCAUGGACGUGCUCGUCCGGAAGCCGCCCGCCUUCACCGUAGAGCCGGAGACGCUCUACCAGCGCAAGGUGGGCGACAGCGUGGAGAUGCACUGCGACGCCCUGGAGGCGGAGGGCACGGAGCGACCCACCAUCAAGUGGCAGCGUCAGGAGGGCGAACAGCUGACCGAGUCGCAGCGCAAUCGCAUCAAGAUCUCCGGUGGCAAUAUCACCAUAGAGAACCUGAGGAGGGAGGACUUCGGCUACUAUCAGUGCGUGGUCUCCAACGAAGUGGCCACCCUGAUGGCCGUCACCCAGCUGGUGAUCGAGGGCACCCAGCCGCAUGCGCCGUACAACAUCACGGGCAAGGCCACCGAGUCCUCGAUAACGCUGCAAUGGCUGCCAGGAUACAGUGGUGGGUCGGAGUACAAGCAGGACUAUACGAUCUGGUUCCGGGAGGCGGGCGUCAACGACUGGCAAACGAUCUCCGUGACGCCAUCGGGCAGCACCCAGGUGACCAUCAAUGGCCUGGCCUCCGGAACCACAUACGAGUUCCAGGUGGUGGGCCGGAAUGUCCUGGGCGACGGGAUGAUGAGCAAAGUGAUGACCGUGCGCACACUGGAAGACGCUCCGGCAGCGCCACGUAAUGUCAAGGCUGCAACACAACCGCCCGACUCAUUCUUUCAGCUAAUGCCAGACGAAGCUGACCUCUUAGCCUAUUUUGACAUUUACUUUCACACCGACUCGCGUGGCACUCUAGUUUAUUCGCCGCCCAAGUUGAGAGUCAAAGGUCCCAAACCAGGACCACCGAGGAACGUGUCCGUGACGGAGGUCUCGAAUGGAUUCCUCAUCACGUGGCAGUCGCCGCUGGAGCGGGCGCACAUCGUCAAGUUCUACACCAUCAAGUACCGGACGGAUGCGCAGUGGAAGACACUCAACCGGGGACAAAUCCGGCCGGAGGAGACGCAGUAUCUGGUGAAGAACCUGGUGGGCGGAAGGACCUACUACUUCCGGGUGCUGGCCAACUCGGAGAAGUCGUACGAGUCCAGCGACGAGGUGAAGUUCCCUGUGCCGGCACGUGUCAAGCACAAGGCGAUUACCGCCGGCGUCGUUGGGGGCAUCCUGUUUUUUAUUGUUGCGAUCAUUUUAUCGGUUUGUGCCGUAAAAAUUUGCAAUAAACGUAAACGACGAAAACAGGAAAAAGAGUUCAACAUGGUAGCUUGCAGGAUAACGGACGCUCGUAACAUUGCCGCCAAUAAUCAUCAUUUGCACAAUCGCAGUACGGGCUCAAUUUCCUCUGGUCAAGUGCCUUUAAAAAAGUACAAACAAACCCGAAUAUCAAGUCUAACCGCCAUUCUCAUUGCCAUACUCCACUGGAUCUGGCCACCUGAUCGCUGCACCAACUGCCACUCCAUCUACAGUUCGCCAAAUCUCGAGGAUGGCGAUGAGGACGACGGGGCCGGAGGACGAAGGCGUUCCGUAAGCCGCAUCCAGCGGAGCCUCGACGGACGCUUUGUGCUGGAUGUGGAGGGGGUCUCGAAACUGGGUUACUCGCAACAGACGCUGGAGUCCGGCAACGUGGAUGUGGUGGACGGCGGGCUCUUCGAGCGGCGGAACAGCAACGUAUCCCAGAAGUCCUCCAGCGAUGAUGGUGGAUUUCUAUCGCGGCGCAACUUCAUCACAGCUCGUGCCUCGUGGCGUCGUCCCUUGGUGGCCUCCUCCAGUCAGCUGAGUCUCCAGUCGGCGGCGGACUCGGCCAGGGGCUUCCUUCAGGGUCUGCUGAAGAUCGGGGCCAAGCAGUCGGCAGUGCCGCCCAAUCCGCCAUCCUACUUCGAUGAGGCAGUGACAGGUGCUCGCUACCAGAAUGUUCUGCGUCCCUACACCAGCAGCAAUAAUUUGUACGGCAAUGCGGACAGAAGUAGGCCACUGCACAUAAAUACGAUUAGUGGCAGCCUGAGUCAGCAGCAGCAGCUUUACACUCCCUCAAGGAUCUCCAGGAUAUUCUCCAGUUCGCCCCAGCAUCUGCAGCCACAUCAUCAGCAGCUCUUGCUCUCCAGCGGUGGCAGUGGCGCCUAUCCCACCCACUUCAGCGACCUGAGCACCGUGUAUCCCCCCAACUCCGCGGAACGUUCGGCGCACAAUCUGAGCAGCAGAUAUAGAUACUACUCCCAGGAGCUGCCUUCGCUGAGAACCAUUCAGGAGGAGACACGCCGACAGCAGCAGCAAAAGCAGCAUCCGCUGGAGGAUCACUUUGUGCCACUCCAGCUGCCGUCGCCUCCGUCAUGGAGAAGCUACUACCAAUCGCAGGCCAGCUAUCGCCCUCGAACGCGCUGGUAUCCACGUCAUCACUCCCGGCUCUUUAGUAACCGGCAGCAGCAGCACGAGAUGCUCUCUCCUCUGCCACAACUCAAUCUAAACCUGCGCAACUCCAUGCAUCCCGGCGGCCUGGAGGCCUCGCCGGAAUCCCGCUCCAGUUCGAGCGGUUUUGGUUCGAAGAACACCUCCAACCACCCGGGCAGUACCAGCGAAUGGAGAUUGCUGCCGCCGUAUAGAGCACCGCCAUCGCCACCGAAGCAUUCGGGCUACUUUGGUGGCCAGCAGGCCCAGGGACAGACGCCACAUGGGUCGUACUCGUAUCCCAGGGCCACAACGCCACCGUACACGAUGGCCCACUGGCUGGAGAUGAUCUCAAGACUGAACGCGGCCACGGACAGUAAUCUACCGAAGGCGCCGUGUCCCGUGGACGUGGGCAGUGUGGAUGGGCACUACGAGUUCGAUCCGGCCACGCCCACACCGAGUGCAUCCAGUAUGCUGCGCGAAGAUCUCAACCUGCACAUAGAUACCCAUCCCUACCACCAUCACACGCUGGGUCCCCUCAGUGGGAGUCUGCUGCACAGCCACGCCCCCUACGCUGGAGGGGCCAGGAAGCAACGAUCUCUGCCAGCUCAGCUGCCACGCUAUGACAACGUCGAGGUGCGACUGCAAGCCAUGAGGGAGGAGUUCUAUGCCUACCGCAAACGCCAGGCCAUGCAGCAAAUGGAGAGCGUUUGCUGAGCCAAUGAAGCAUUUAAUUGAGCCACACCCACACCCACGUCCACAGCCACGCCUACACCCACGCCCACAGCAACGCCCACAGCAACGCCCACAUGGAAGCAGAUCCAUCGAUAUGUGACGACUAAGUUGGAGAGCAGCGAUUCCCAGAGGCAAUCAGACGCGAUAUGAUAUUGGAUCAGGCCCCCCAAUUCACAGAUGAACUUUAAAAGUUUGGCCCCCUGCAAACUCACAUCCAGAAAAAUAACAAAUGAAUAAAAAAGGAAAAUAAAGAAAGGAAAAAGCAAAACAAAACACUUAGAAGCCAGAAACAAUUAGUAGAUUUAAACGAGACGAAAGCUGUGUACAUAUAUAGUUUGGGAGCUGGAGGAGAGCGCCCAGAAGUUUAAGUAUAAUAUUUAACAACUAUAGCAAUUAUAGCAACAUAUUAUUACAAAAUCGAUAAACGUAAAAUUGACAUUUAACGCAAGUAAAUGGAGCAAACAUUGUUUGACGACAUAUGCAAAGAACAAAUUACAAUUACAAUUAACUAUUAUUUACGAGUAUUAGAUAUUGUAUUAGAUAUUGAUACUUAAUAUAAAACACAGAUCGAGAUAUGUUAAACAUUGAGCAUUAAACAUUAAACAUUAAACAUUAAUUAACAAUCCACAAGCGUAAGCCUAAAUUAUGUUACAUUACAACUAAACUAAAUUAAUACGGAAUAUGCUAGCUGUUAAGCAUUUAGUUGUUAACAACUAGAGCAGAGAUGAUCGAAGUGGCGACGACUCAAAAUAAAUGCGCUAAAAGUAAUUAAAACAACAUAUAGAGAAAUUGUUUCAUAAUUAAAUUAUUUAACGACAAGAAACCUACAAAGCAAAUAAAAGCGAAAUGCAAAAUGCAAAAUGCGAAAAGCGAGAUGAAAACAAAUACAGUUUAACGAAAAUUAAAUGAAAUAUAACUGCUGCAUAUAUGUUUACUGUUGACCUACACACGAUAAUUAACUCAAACAAAUAUUUAUUAACCCAAAAGCAAAAAAAAACUAAACACAAAACAAAAAACUAAAAACAAAAAAACAUAUGAAGAUGAUAGGAACCCCGAAACAAAGCGUUGAUAGGCUAUUCUUUCCGGUUUAAAUCACAGCCCAAGACUACGUCAAUAUAAACGAUAGAUAGAGCAGAGGAUCCCCAAUCCAAACCGAAAUCCCCAAAGGA